AUGAAUGGACACGCUGUCCCAUCAGGCGACUCCGGACACCCCGGCGGGUGGAACGACUUCUGCAAGCAGCACGCUAUCACCACCGCCAGGGAGCUGGCCAGGGAGUACCUACACUUCGUCAGCGAGAACCCCCAGCAUGAAGUUUUGGCCGCUGAGAACUUCUCCCUUCAGUUUGCGGACCUCUUCCAGCAAUAUUUCCGCAACGAGGUGAAGGAUACAAAUGCUACGGACCAGCUUCACAUCCUGCCCUUCAGCAGAGUGCGAGACUACCGGGACACAGGCCAGAAACAUGGUGAGGGAUCCUCGGGCACGGUUGGGGCCAAGGUUGAGGUGGAAUUGUCGGACCAGGUCAACCGGGCCUCUGAGGUCCGCUCUGGUGGACUUCCCAAGUCCUGGAGUUCUGAAGAACUGGCAGCGCCCACUUCUCCAUUGGGCGUCAGGAGACAUUUUUCUCUGGACCGGCUACGGAGGAGCUGGCGUAGCUUGUUCCGCCGGAGAUCCUUGGAGUCGGGCCCUGGCGAAGGGGAGAUGGCGGACUUGGUUUUGAGAUCUGGCCUUGCCAGAAAGAUCUUCCCGUGGACCAUCUCCAGGGACUGCUCCUUACAGAUCCAGAAAGAAGGGAACCUGAAAUACAUGAUGGUGACGGAGGACAGUGGGACUCGCUGGCAGAAAUGCCGGCUAGUUUUAUACAAAGAAGGGCCUCCGGACUGCCAGAGUUAUGCCUUGGCGCUGUUUGAUCCCCCUAAGAGCUCCCGGCCCAAACUCCAGUCCCCUUGCUUGGCGAUCCAAGAGACCCGGGCGUGCACUCGGCUGGAGAUGCCCGACCACCUCCACACCUUUGUGGUCAAGGUAAACGCCUCCACCGAAAUAAUAUUCGAGGCUGGAGACGAGCAGCAGCUGGCUGCCUGGAUAGCGGAGAUUCAUCAGGGCCUCCCCAGAUCGGAAGGCAGCCACCUUGAGGGCACCGCAGACCCUCGUUCGGAGGCCGGCACCCCCAGCCCUGCCAACAGCAGCACCGACUCCCUGCACCAAGGUGCCUGGCCGAUGGAGCACUUCUUGUCCGCCUUCCCCUGGUUCCACGGCCCCAUCUCCCGGGUCAAGGCCGCCCAGCUGGUCCAGCUGCAGGGCCUGGACGGACACGGCGUCUUCCUCAUCCGGCAGAGCGAAACCCGCCGGGGGGAGUACGUGCUGACCUUCAACUUCCAAGGAAAAGCCAAGCACCUGCGGCUUUCCCUGACGGAGCGGGGCCAGUGCCGAGUUCAACACCUCCACUUUUCCUCCGUCCUGGACAUGCUGCACCACUUCCAGCACUGCCCCAUCCCCCUCGAGUGUGGCACGGCCUGCAGCGUCCAGCUCUCCCGGCACGUGGUGGUCGUCCCCUCCCUGCAAGCCUCCGGACACCCAUCUGCCUUCCCCCCGUCCACCCACGCCUGCACGCCAGAGGUCAGCUUCCUCCAGCCGAGUCCCGCCGGCUGUCCCCGGACCCGCCUGGCCGACAGCCUUCGCCGCCACUCUGUGGAGCAGAUCUUCCACCUGGUGCCCCCACCUGAAGACCUGGCUGGUGGCCUCCGGCCCGGCCCCAGCAGCGCCUCCCCCGGUCCAGCCCCUUCGCCUGCCGGCCGCCGGUGGGACAGUGACUACGAGGUGGAGGUGCAGAGCCGGGGGCACCUCCGGGCGGUCAGCAACCAGUACACCUCCCUCUGA